UGCCAAUCAGCACUUAAGCAAAGUUGUCGAAUUCAACAAAUGAGAAUCGAAACUCCAGUCAAUUGAGUUUCGUACCUACGCCUCAAAGGGUAGCGUUUUUAAAAUAAAUGGUUAAUACUUACUAAAUAUAAUCUCAAAAAUGGAUGUCUUUCUAAUGAUUAGGCGAAAAAAAUUAACCAUCUUCACGGACGCUAAAGACACGACAACGGUACUGGAAUUAAAGAAAAUGAUUGAAGGCAUCUUAAAGACUCCUCCCCAGAGUCAGAUGCUGUUCAACAAGGACAGCCAGCUCAUGGAAGACGAGAAGACCCUAGCAGAGUACGGACUCACUUCGGCUACAGCUAAAGCUCAGUGCCCGGCACCCAUCGGACUUGCUCUAAGAAAGGAAAACGGUGAAUUUGAAGCUCUGGAUCUGACCCCGUACUCCUCCCCCCCGGACCUGCCCGACGUCAUGAAGUCACAGGAAGCCAACGGACAGGAGCAGAUGGACCAGCACUAGGCCGCCCGACCGGACCGCGCCCGCGCCGCCGCAACGCAUAUAUAAACAUACUUAUUUUGUUAAUCAUUUAUCGAUUUGUGCUCGAUUUUAACAAUCUGUUGCUACACGUUUGUUUGUAGUAUUUUUGUGAUGCUUUGUAAUGGAUGACGUUUUUAUUCGGUGCGGGGCGAGAUGCUGGGAGCUUCCACGGCACGCCAAGGAUCGUAACUCGACACUUUAUUGUAUGUAUCCAUUGUAUAUUAUGUGGAUCUCGACGUGGAAGUUUCUAGCGAAUGUAUCAGAACAUGAUUUUCACUCAUAAAAGGCUUUUGGCGAAAUAUUUCGCGUGAUGCAGUAAUUUAGAUUCAUCAUUAUUUAAUAGUAUAUCGAUCAGCACAUUAAUCAACUAAAAUAAUAUUAUACCGAGCAUCAACACGCGAGUUCGCCGCAGACCUAAGCCAUGACAUCUUGUUUAAAUCCUUCAAGUUUUUCCGAAUAUAACAUUCGUGCCUCUCAUGUUUGCACUAAACAAUACUUUUUGUAUAACGCUGCAACUAUACGGUAGCUUGCUCAGUAGGGCGGGGCCUGCCGAAUGGCGCGGCAGUCUUACAUUCAAGGAACAAUUUCCUUUAAAUGAUGUCUCCAUGGUAGGUUCAUACAAUCAUUGCAUUGUUUCGCUCAAUCUCUAAACGCUAGUUCAAAAUGAAAGAGACCUUUUACUGUCUAAACUGAUUUUUUUAAUGUAUAGUUUCAGUGUAAGUAUAUGAAAACUUUAGACCAUAUGAACUUUCUAGUGUAGGUAGUAGAAGGACUCUUUAAAUAGGCUUUUUAUUUACUACUUUGCUUUUCCCUCGCAGUAAAAUCUAGCCAGUAAUAGUUAUUUAAAUGUAACUACUUUUUUAUCAUUUUAUUAAAAGGGGUAGGGGUAAUAUCAACUUGAUUAAGUAUUUGAUGGUUCCUUGUAACUGUAAUAUGUGACAGUCUAACGUAAAUUAGAAGGGUGGAUUCACAUGCGUUCUUCAUCGCGUUGCAAUGGAAGAGAACUACUAAUUCAAUAAUAUCUUGAUGAACUAAUUUGAGUGAUACUGAGAUGUUAAUUUGUAUAUCUUAUGCUUUUUAUUAUUUUAGUACUUACUAAAAUAAAACUGAUAACGUUUAUUUGGCUCGUGUGUAACAAACUUAUCAGUAUUCCGUCAUUAUUUAUUAAUUAACAAUUUUUUGUUGUUGUUUUUUUAUAUUUCAACGAACAACCAGCGGCUAGCCCCGCUCAGCCCCCCGCCCCUUCCGUGGGGGGCGCAUUCACCUCACUAGCCUAACUUCUCUGUUGCUUGUAUCUGUCUCUGUCACGUCGGGUGCACUAGCAUAGCCCUUAUUACGAAGCAAUAAGACAUUUUUAGGAUAUUGACGUCAUGCCUGUAUUUUACGUGAAGUACGCAUAAUGAUACCAUCAAGUGGCGCAGCGUAAAACAGUAGUAAAGUGUUGCCAGCUGCGCUAUUGUUAGACGCUCCAAUAAGUUGAUUUAUAUUCUUAGCGUAAUUAAGAUUUAAAUUAAUGAUUUGUGAUACAUAACGACGUUAUACGAAUUAUUAAUGCAUUUCUUGAAAUUAAAAUGGUUGAAGUGGUGUUUUUAAAGUAUGAAAGUAAAGAACCUUAAUUUUUUUAGAUAUUAAUUAAAUUUAAUAGGUUCCAUGUUUUCUUACUUAGCACAGCGCUUCAACUGAUUCUAAAACUUUAUUUUUGUAUACUAAUUUGUUACGAAUUUAUCAUUUCAAGUCCUGUAUAUUAAGUUUGCUCGACAGAUAUAACCAACAGACCAUUGUCCAUUGUACAUCUUUUUUUUAUGAUAAAAUAUUUAACUAGUAUAGUUGAUAGCUGGUACUUGUAAUAGGGAGUAAAUAGGAGCUUUUCAUCACGGGGCUGCUGCGCCCUCCAUUGUGAUUUAAUAAUAACUAAUAUAACUCCCGUCGCCACUCCACGACGGAUCGCUAUUUACUUUUUUAACGGGAAUUUUAAGCACCGAUUGUAUUUAUCUCGAGUUGGUCAAUUUAGGUGCAUAGCUAGCUAAUAUGACCCACGGGUCGGCGAGGUUACUUUCAGAUCUAAUCCAAGUUAGAAUAGUUGGGUAUUAAACGAUAUUGCACUUUAUUGUACUAUAACAUAGGAUAGAUAAUCAAACCAUCUUUCACUAUGGCCACUUAGGAAAAAUGUCUUCAUACAAAAAUAUAAUGUGACGUCGUGGUAACAUCUACACACAGGUAGGUGGAUCUAGAGUACCUAACUAGAAUCAUACAAGCACAGAAAAAUAAAAACCAAGCUAUCGGUCACUACAGACGAGACUACAUUUCUUAUGUGUCUGACAAUGAGAUGGCCCUAUCAGCUGUAUGAAUACUUGUUGGCUAAUAAAUUCAAUACUCCAAUUUUGUAUGAAGACACAAAGCUAUGCCAGUACCACGCGUAAAAUUUCAAGAUUUCUUGAUUAACCGGUAUAGAACCUUGAUGGUGUUAUUCAAUAUUGGUUCCCCGGUUAGGUAACCUUAGUGGUUAGUCAUUAUAUCCUCUCGUACAACCCCGUCUCGCUGAUGGAUAAGUCACAUAAUCAGUGUAAUUAUUUAUUCAGAGUCUCUUGUGAGUAGAGGCAGACAAAGAACCGAUUGCAAAAAUAUUUCGCUUUUAAAAAUUAGGUGCUGGCAUCACUAUAAUUUUUUAAGUAGUCCUUUUUUCGUCCAGUAUAGAAGUUUUUAAUUUUUAUAUUUUUAGAAAAUUUAGUGAAAAUUACACCUUUUGUACGCGUCGGUUCUUUGCUAUAUGGCUGUACCUGCAUUCUGCAUUAGUAAUGAUUCAACUAGAGACACAACGAGACUAGAGUAUGUAUGAAAUAGCGUAGUAUUUCAUGUGCGCGUAUGGAAGUCUACAAUUAAAUGAACCAGCAGGAAAUAAAGCUGUUUUGAUUUGU